AUGGCGCCGGCGCGGGCGCAGUUCGCGUCUCGCGAGAAGAACGGCGCGUUCCGGCAGCGGGGUUCCGCCCGCGCAGCCUGGAUGACGACGAUGACCGCCACGCGCCGGCGCCGGGACCGCGAGCAGCGGGAAGAGCAGGAGGAAGAGAAGGAACGGAGGCGUGAGGCGCCCGACCUGCUGAGCCGCGACGCGCUGCGCCUCGCGCUGUUCCGCGCGUUCCGGGAGCGCGGCGUGCUCGACGCCCUCAAGGCGCAGCUGCGCGGGACGCUGGUGGCCGAGCUGCAGCGCCGGGCCCCCUCGGCGUCGUUGGCGUCGUCGUCGUCCCUGGCGUCGGCGUCGUCGUCCCCGGCGACGGGAGGGGGCGGGGCCGUGCUGGCGGCGGCGGCCGACGCCCUCGUGGCGCGGCACCUGCGCGCGCGGCGCUACGACUACUCGCUGUCCGUCUUCCUGCCCGAGAGCGGGCUGGGCGCCGCGCGGGCGCUGAGCGAGCGCGAGCUGCUGCGGCUCCUGAGCGUCGGACCCGCCUCGCCCGGAUACGCGGAGCUGGUGCGGGGGACGAAUAUAAAUAAUAUCAAAUAA